AUGGGAAUUUACUUCCUGGUUCGACAUCCUAUAUUUAAAGGGUAAGCACCUCUAUUCUGUCAGUAUGCUGUGUGAUGUAUCUCUGCAUAACUGGAUUAAACUUCUGUUUUCUGGCUGCAGGUAAGUGACAUUUCUUGUCCUUUUUAUUAUGAAUUUCUCUAUUCUCCAGUCCUUUUUCAAAGCAAUAAUUGGUUGCUGGAAAUUCUAAUUUUUUUCUAGCUGCCCAUACUAUGGAUUCCCCCGGUCAGGCUUUGAGAAAUAGGUCGCAAUCUAGAGGUUCUGAGUAAGUCACUGCAAAAUUUUAAAGACACAAUACUUAAAAAAAACAAAAAGAGUGCAUUUCAGACUUCUGACUGGAGGAUUUUCAGUUCUGCCCACAGAUCCUCAUACAAGAAAAAGAAGGAUAAGACCUCCUUAUGUGAAGCUUGUGACAACAAGGUGCUUCCUGGGAAAAGGCUCUGCUUAGCUUGUCUUAAAGCAGCGGCAGGCCAUACUGAACCAGAUCCAGAUAUUCUUUCUUACAUCCGUCAAGCAGUUUCAGAGGGUCUUCGACAGUCUGAGAAGGCUAAGAAAAGACGUAGAUCUUUUAGCCCAAAGGAAUAUGCUGACUUAAGCUAUGAUGAAUAUGUACCCCCGGUAUUUGAGCAAGACGAGUUGUCAUCUCAGGAUGAAGAAUAUGGGGCCUCUCCUGUCUUUAUAGACAGUGUGAAAAUAGAAGCUUUAAUCAAGGCAGUUCGUGAUACCUUUGAGCUUAAUGAUAGGAGGAACCAGCUUCUAGUAAGUAUUUUGCUGACCUGA